AUGAACGAUCAUAGGGAGGUUAUGCAGGGUCUGAAUCAGCAGCCACCAGAAAAUGCGACCUGGUUUCAGGACUGCAAUAUGUGUAUCAAGGCUCUGCCUCAUGCUCACUCCGAUCCAGUCGUGAAUGACUAUGCCAGCGAUGUGCGUGGAGGGGCGCCGCCUGAGCAAAUUCCAGUGUUCAUGAGCCUGCGGCCUGAAGAUGUGGCAAGGAUCAUGAUGGGAGAGCGGCAAAUACCUUCACAAAUGGGGGCUUAUGGGUACACACAUAUGCAUCCAGUGCAGCCUGACAGGGAAAGGAUGUAUGCACCAAAGAUGGAAGGCGUUGCAAACCCAAUGCCCGUCGAUCCAGCGAGCUUUCAUCAGCAUGUCUAUGUGCAGCAGCAGCACCACCAGCAGCAGCAAUUGCCACCACAGCAGGUGCCGUCGUCGACUUAUGGAUUUAACCAUAUCCCCAUGAUGCCUACUGAGAUGGUCUCUCCAAAUUCCGUUCAUUCUGACACUGCAAGCUCUCAUCAACAAGCUAUACUGCAUCAAAUGCCUUCACCCCAUGGAAUGGCUCAGUACCAAGUGAGGCAAACUAAUCCCAAUAAUCCGCUUGAAGGCGAAGGUAGUUUAAGUGGCAAUUCUAGGCAUCGGGGGGAUGGACAAGUGCUCCGUGAUAAUGUGCCUUCAGUGGCACCUGCUGCUGUGCCAACCUAUAUGGCCAAUGUGGACAGGAUGAUGGAUUCACUACGGGUGAACCCCAACGAGCCCCGCUAUCCCGAACAAAGGAUGUAUGCCGAGAAUGGUUUACCCCAGAAUGCAACAUCGCAAUACUCUCAGAGCAACACCAACACCUUUUUUGAUGUCAGUGAGCCAAAGAUAGCCCCUCCAACUGAAUCAAUGCCACCGCCUUCUGUGGCCAGUCCUUAUAUGCAUACUGUCCAGCAUGCCAACGUUAACCAUAUGCCGCCGCAAAUGGUGAGCAUUGGGGGACCAUACCCCAGUUAUGUUGCCGCUACGAUUGGGCAUGUGGGUGUGCCCCCAUCGGCUUAUGGUGUUGAUCCUGCGUAUACAAAAGCCACUAUUAACCCAAUGGGCGAGCAGAAGGAUGUUCUGCCUGAAGUUUAUCACAAGGAAGCUCCACAUGAAUCCGUUCCUCCUUCGAACGCUAAUGCUCAGGUACCAUUACCGACACCAGCAUUGGCAAAUCACGCUCCAGUCGAGCAGCUCCAGGAGUCUGGUUUACCGGGUCAACAGUUCAGCAAUGUACAUGCGCUGCCACCAAGACCUAAGAGGGUAGCAAGCAGGGAGAACAUCAGUUCUAAGGAUCCCCAUUCCCAAAACUCUCUGUUGAAUUGCAAAGGGCCAGAUUUGAAUAUCCCGGCUGAGGAGCAACCAUAUCACAAAGACACACAUGCAGAACAACCUCAGUUUGUCAAAGGUGAUGGUAUCACUAACCCAGACUUGCUGGGCAUGGAGGAUGGUCUAGCCGCAUUUGAGCCUCCACCUCCUGUGCUGAAUGAAGGGCAUGGGAAUGUCACUAAUAAAGUAGACGGGCAAGCUCACACCAACGAGAGAAAUGUGCAGGUUAGCAAGGGCAAACCACUAGAUUGGAUUUCAGGACAACCAGUCGCAGAUGAGCAUGAACGCCUCCAGAUUAUAAAGAAUGAUGACCUCGAAGAGCUCCAAGAACUCGGUUCUGGAACUUUUGGAACUGUAUAUCAUGGUAAAUGGAGGGGCUCUGAUGUUGCAAUAAAAAGAAUCAAUGACAGAUGUUUUGCUGGGAAGCCAUCUGAGCAAGAAAAAAUGCGGAAUGACUUCUGGAAUGAAGCAUCUAACCUUGCUGAUCUGCACCACCCCAAUGUUGUGGCCUUUUACGGCGUUGUUCUAGAUGGGCCUGGGGGAUCCAUUGCAACGGUUACAGAAUAUAUGGUUAAUGGCUCACUUAGGACGGCUUUGCUGAAGAAUUCCAAGAGCCUGGAUCGACGCAAACGGCUAAUUAUUGCCAUGGACACAGCUUUUGGAAUGGAGUAUCUGCAUAACAAAAACAUUGUGCACUUUGACCUCAAAAGCGACAAUUUACUUGUUAAUUUAAGGGAUCCUCAGCGUCCAAUAUGCAAGGUUGGUGACCUUGGGCUUUCAAAAGUCAAGUGUCAGACCCUCAUCUCUGGUGGUGUGAGGGGAACGCUUCCAUGGAUGGCCCCAGAGCUUCUGAAUGGAAGCAGCAGCCUGGUCUCUGAAAAGGUUGAUGUCUUCUCCUUUGGGAUUGUCCUGUGGGAACUCCUCACAGGAGAGGAACCAUAUGCAGAUUUGCAUUAUGGUGUUAUCAUUGGUGGCAUUGUGAGCAACACUCUGCGGCCGCAGGUGCCUGACUCAUGCGACCCAGAGUGGAGGUCGCUGAUGGAGCAAUGCUGGGCGACAGAACCGUCGGAACGGCCAAGCUUCACCCAGAUCGCCGUCAGGCUGCGCGCCAUGGCCGCGUCCCAGAAGGUGCAAUCCUAG